AUGAUCAAGGCGGUGCACAUGGAUGAAACUGGAAAAGUCCUCGCUUAUGAUUGCUCCGGGAAGCAAGGGGCUCCCGCCUCCAAGGUGAGGCCGUUGAAGAGCGCACCAAAGGCAGCCCCGGCCGGAGCCGCUCCGGCCCAGGUUGAAGGCCCACCUGCGCAAGCUGCGUCUGCACCUGGCGCCGCCGUCCCAAAGUCGGACGCAGCCAAGGCGGCCAAGGGGCCCAAGGCGACCAAGGCGAGGAUUUUCCAGGUGGGCGAACGCGUGCGCUACUGGAGCAGUGGCCCAAGGAAGUGGUUUGAUACCAGCAUCCAGGCCAUUAACCUGGGACCUAAGGGAGAGGUGGAGUCCUACGACCUACCGGGAAAGCCCAAGGCAGUGCCUUAUAAGAUCCGUGCGGCCAAGGACGCCAAGGACGCCAAGGACGCCAAGGACGCCAAGGACGCCAAGGCGUCGGUGGCGUCCGCAGCCCGUGCGGUGCAGCCGGCGCGCGCUGCGAACUCCACGGGCUUGGUCUUUGGUGUGGCCAAGCAGACAGAGACGAAGGUUGCUGAGGAGCAGGCUGAUGGGAAACAGAUGCAGACACCACCAGCCAAGUUCAAAGUUGGGCAAAACGUGUUGUACUUCAGUGAGCAGCUGCAGAAGCAUUUGCCUACCAAAGUGAUUCGUAGCAUACACAGCCGUAGCGGAAAACGUUACUAUGACCUCUCCAUCAAGAAGUUCGUCCUGGAAGCAAGGAUUCGCCCGGGAAAGGAGACGUCUUCCCAGGACUCGCAGGUCAAGCAAUCGACCUUCGGGGCAGGUGCCGCUUCCCCAAUUUGUGGCACAUUGCUUUCGACCAAUCUAGACCGAGGAUUCUGGGGAGGCACGAAGGUGCAGCAGGCCCAGCUUCCAGCGGAGAAAAGGCGCAAUCUACGACGCGUGCCGCCACCGCCCGCUGAUGAGCAGGUGGCUGAGGGCGAGAACCCUCCAGGGCCACCCACUCCGUGAGUGUCGAACCUCAGCGGCGCAAAA